AUGGCGGAGCAUGUUAAACUUUUCCAUUGUGCUUGGCCUUACGCCCUUAAGGGAUUGGUCUCGACGACUGUGACUGUCUUACUCUUCUUCUCCCUCUUCGUCUUUGCAGCUCUGCUAAAUUGGAUGGAUAUUCCUAUUAUACGGGGGACACCUUUCGGCCAGGCGAUCUUCACUUCAAUAAGUUCUGGUGUUCAUCAUGAGAGGAUUGAAUAUCCUCUAAACUGCUCUGAACAUGUAGUUGACUUAACAUGUUCGGAUAAUUACCCGUCGAUGUUCGAGCCUGAAGAAUCGAAUACCGAAGCUUGUCCGGAUUACUUCCGGUGGAUCCACGAGGACUUAAAGCAAUGGAACAGUUCAGGGAUUACGAAAGAUAUGAUCGAGAGGGGAAUUCCGAGUGCCGAUAACCGGCUGGUGAUCAUAAACGGAAGCGCUUAUGUGGAGAAGUACAAACCUUCGUAUCAAACCAGGGAUGUGUUUACAAUAUGGGGCAUAUUGCAGCUUCUAAGGUUGUACCCUGGAAAAGUUCCAGACUUGGACCUCUUGUUCUAUACCGGAGACAACACUGUGAUCAUGAAACGAGACUAUAAUGGACCGAAUGCUGCAUCAACGCCACCGCCAUUGUUUCAUUACUGCGGAGAGGCAGCAGCGCUCGACAUUGUGUUCCCUGACUGGACCUUCUGGGGAUGGGCAGAGGUAAAUAUAAUGCCAUGGGAACAGAUGUUAAGGGCAAUAAAGAAAGGGAGGGAGAGGAUCAAGUGGGAAGAUAGGGAGCCUUACGCCUUCUGGAAGGGUAACCCCUACGUUGCUGCCGAUAGGGUAGACUUCUUGAAAUGCAACCUUUCGGAUAAAAAUGACUGGAAUGUUCGGCUUUAUAAGCAGGAUUGGAAUAAAGAAGUUGCAGAAGGUUUCAAUCAUUCUAGAUUGGAAGAUCAAUGCACCCAUAGAUAUAAAGUCUAUAUAGAAGGAGCGACAUGGUCUGUAAGUGAGAAAUACAUAAUGGCAUGCGAUAGUGUGACCUUGAUGGUAAAGCCUAUAUACUAUGAUUUCUUCUCAAGAAGCAUGGUGCCGAUGCAGCAUUUCUGGCCGAUCAGCCGCGAGAACAAAUGCAGAGAUAUUAAGUUUGCGGUUGAAUGGGGCAAUAAUCGUACUCACGAGGCACAAGCCAUAGGGAGAGCAGGAAGCAAAUACACGGAAGAGAUGCUGUCGAUGCGAAACGUGUACGAUUACAUGUUUCAUUUGUUGAACGAAUACUCGAAACUCUUGAAGUUUAAGCCGAUGAUACCUCCGAAUGCCCGAAGGGUAUGUUCCGAAACCAUGGCGUGCUCCAACAAAGAUUUAUGGAAGGAGUUCAUGGUGCAGUCGAUGGUGAAAUCUCCUAGUGAUAAACUUCCAUGUACAUUGCCUCCCCCAUAUGAUCUCCAAGCCAUCCAAGCUUCUCUCGAUGCACGAGAGAGAAUAGCCAAGCAAGUGGAGAAAUGGGAAACCGAGUAUUUUGAAAAAAACUAA